AUGACCGGAAAGGAUGAUUCCCUUCAGUCAAUCAGUACUGUUCUGGAUGGAAAGAAUUAUAUGUAUUGGAGUAACAUUAUGAAGAACUUCCUUCGUGGGAAGAAUAUGUGGAGCUAUGUCACUUGGACUAAAGCAAAUCCCUUAGUGCCUCAAACUGAGAAUUUUGAUUUGUUGCUUGAUGCUUGGGAGACUGAUAACUCCAAGUUGGCUAAAUAUGACACAACAAAAGAAGUUUGGAAUCACUUGGAGAGACUGCAUACUCAGUCUAACUUUGCUAAACAAUACCAGUUAGAAUAUGAUAUCCAUGCCCUUCAACAGAAUGACCAGAGUAUUCAAGAUUUCUAUGCUGCUAUGUCUGAUCUGUGGGAUCAAUUGGUUCUUACUGAAUCUAAAGAGUUAAAAGAUUUUGAACCUUAUAUUUCUAGGAGGGAAGAACAUCGCUUGGUCCAGUUCUUGAUGGCCUUGCGUUUUGAUUGUAAAGGCCUACGUGGAAUCAUUCUUCAUCUCUCUCCUCUUCCCUCAGUGGAUUUUGUUGUCCGUGAAUUAAUUGUAGAAGAGACUUGUAUCAAGUCUCAUGCGAAUAUAGGAUUUAAAGAAACCUCUAUUCCUCCUCCUGCUCCUGUUGUGCUUGUUGUUUCCUCUAACCAGUCUCGACAAACUUCAAGGGUUACUUGUGACGAGUGUGCAUUAUGCAAACAGAAAAUCUAUUGGAAAGCUCAGUGUCCAUUGUUAGUCAACAAGGGUAAAUCGGGUCAACCUUAG